GGUACGGAAUACUAAUAAUUAAUACCCACGCGCGGCAUCACACCCGCAAGGUGUACCGUUGUUUUAGCACCCACACUUUUCCGGGUGAAGGGUUUGCGAGCCACGGAAGGACGAGAAAGGACCCUUCCUUCUGGUUCGGUGGUUCCCAAUGGAACAGCGCUCUAUCUAGGGGGCGGUGGCCUCCGUUUCCUCCGGAAGGAGAGAGGAAGAAGAACCUGCCGUCCGAGGCGUAGUUUGUUGUCUCGGGAGCGUCGGCAGGGAUGGGCCGCAGCGGGGAGCUGAGCGACUUCCAGCGGGGCACCGUGGUUGGAUGCCACAUGUGCAAAAAGUCCCUCCGUCAGAUCGCCACCCUGCUCAAACUGCCGCGGUCCACCGUCAACAACGUCAUCGUGCAAUGGAAGCGGGAGGGCAGGACGUGCCCGCUGCCCCGCUGCGGCCGGCCGCACAAGCUCAAGGAGGAGCACCGGCAGGUUCUGGAGCGGAUGGCCCAGGAGCAGACCUUCCCGUCCCUGCAGGCGCUCGCCGCCGAGUUCCGGCGGGCGUCCGGGGCCAACGUCAGCGCGGCCACCGUCAGCAGGGAGCUUCGGGAGAUGGGCCUCAGCCGGCGGUCGUCCUCCGAAAGCAAAACCAAAGAAAGGAAGAAAGCACAGAAGACUGCAGAAGCCUCCAAUGAGGACAGAACCAAGGUGGGCAGCCAGGAGCAAAUGGAUGUGUCCCACCUGGACUUGCGGGUGGGCUGCAUCAUCAGGACCAUGGAGCUCCCCGGAACGGACGGCUUGUACUUGCAGCACGUGGAUGUUGGCGAGGCUCACCCGAGGACGGUGGUCAGCGAGUGCGUUCCCGUCAAUCAGUUACAGAACUGCAUGGCCGUCCUGCUGUGUAAUCUCAAGCCCGCUCAGGUCCGAGGCGUGGCGUCCCAGGCAGUGGUGGUGUGCGUAAGGUCGUCGGGCGGCGUGGAAAUCCUCGCACCUCCGAAUGGAGCGGUACCUGGUGAUAGAGUCACGAUCCAGGGAUUUACAGGUCAACCGGAGAAGGAGCUGGACUCGGCCAAAGGGUGUGAGCCCGUUUGCUCGGACCUCCGCACAGACGGCCAGUGCGUGGCCACCUACAAGGGCGUGCCCCUGGAGGUCGUGGGUAAGGGCGUGUGUCGAGCGCCCACCUUGCGCGACUGCGAGGUCGUCCUGACUAACGGCGGAACGGCAUGAAGGACGGCCGGUGACAUUUUUUUUAAUAAAAUGCGGACAACAUUA